UUUUAAGCAACACUUAUAACACGUUUGAUCGUAGAGUGAAAGAAAUAGAUAAUCGUUGGCAGGAGCAAUUUGAAUCUCUUAAGAAUCAAAUGGAUAUAAAACUACGCUUACUAAAUAGAUUUGAAGGAAUGAAUGCCAAUGAUGAACUUGUUUAUCAGCUUUCAACUUUGCAAGAGCAACUUGAAGAAUAUAAAGUAGUUAGUGCUCAUUCCGAAGAACUUGAAAUUAAACUCAGAACAACAGAAUCCAGAGUUAGAGAAUUAGAAUACAGGGAAAAACAGGCAGAGGAAAGGCUCAAGGUUGAAAAACAAGGUGCCAAAGAAAAAGUUGAAUCUUUGAUUGAAAACAUUAAAGACAUUGAAGCUCAAUUGCAAGCCCAGAAUCGUAGGAAUUCUCAAUUGCAGGAAAUGAUGUCUAUGCAAAAGGCUUCAAUGGAGGAGGCAACAAACGAAUCAAAAGUUAGAGAAGCUAAAGUAGAAAACACAUUUGCAAUGCUAAAUGAACAGCUUCGUGAACAAUUGGAGGAAAAGAACAAAACAAUUGAAAAUGAGAGACGGAGAGUUAAAAAUUUGGAAGAUCAAUUUUCUAGUAUGCUUGAAGAACAAAAACGGUUACAUUUGCAGAUUGAAGGGAGGGAAACCAUGAUUAGCAAAGUUCUCAGUGGGUUACAGAUGAUCAACCAACGCAAAGAUGUGAUAGAAAAUGCGGCAUUGAAAAAUAUUACAGAGGAUAUGCAAAUUGCGCUUUCGCUUGAUCGAAAACCCUCUUAUCAACCUCCCGCUUAUAUUAAUCCACCUUGGAAACCAGCUGGCAAUAAUCGCGCCGUAGCCCAUCCUAAAAAAACCACGGUGAAAACACCAUCGAUUAAAUCAUCCAUUCCUGUCUCUUCGAAAUCAAAAGGUGUAAAUUCUACUAAAUCAUUAAUACCGACACCUAGUGAAAAGAUAGCAAACGAAAAAUCUUAUUUCAAUAAAAGUUGA